GCCAUGGGCUAUUGCAGCGGCCGGUGCACGCUGGUGGCGGUGUGCGGCGCGCAGCUGGUUUCUGUGCUCGAGAGGCAAAUAUUUGACUUCCUUGGUUAUCAGUGGGCACCCAUCUUGGCAAAUUUCAUACACAUUAUUGUAGUCAUACUUGGCUUAUUUGGAACCAUCCAGUAUAGACCUCGUUACAUAACAGGAUAUGCUGUCUGGCUGAUCCUUUGGGUUUCAUGGAACGUGUUUGUUAUCUGCUUCUAUUUGGAGGCUGGAGACCUUUCAAAGGAAACAGAUCUCAUUCUGACAUUUAAUAUCUCAAUGCAUCGUUCAUGGUGGAUGGAGAAUGGACCAGGAUGCACCGUGACCUCAGUAACACCAGCCCCAGACUGGGCUCCAGAGGAUCAUCGUUAUAUCACUGUCUCGGGGUGUUUUCUUGAGUAUCAGUACAUAGAAGUGGCUCACAGUUCUCUUCAGAUCUUCCUUGCACUGGCAGGCUUCAUCUAUGCCUGUUAUGUUGUGAAAUGUAUUACUGAAGAAGAGGACAGCUUUGAUUUCAUAGGUGGAUUUGACUCUUACGGCUAUCAAGGCCCACAGAAGACAUCUCAUUUACAGCUACAGCCUAUGUAUAUGUCAAAGUGAAAACGGGGACUGCUCAAGGUGGGCUGGAGCACCUGUCAAAGAAAAUGUCUUGGGAUUGCCCUCUGGUUCUUCAAAGAGCAAAAAAAAAUCCAGUUUUUGUGCUAAAAAAACAAACAAACAAAAAAGGCUGAUUGAACAAUGAGACAAAAUACAACAGACACAUUCAGCCUCUCUUUCUAACAGGUACUAAGGGAGAUGCCCCAGACCUCCUUCCUGCUUCCCAGCACCACAGGGCCAGAGCAGAGGCGCUGGUGCUUCCCUCUGGCUCCUCUGGACUGCAGCCUCGACCGCCAGUGGGGCCCAUCUGGAUUAAGACACGAACCAAGCCAAUACAGUGCUUUUGGAGCCCCCUCCGCACUCCUGGCCGCAUUCAGUCUCUGUAGUCAACACAAGGCUAAGAAUACUCGGAUGACCUUGCAACAGAAGUCAAUAGACAGCACGUUGUUUGCCCUGAAGGCUGUACAGUUCAUACUUGCCUUAACCUAACUGCAUUGCACAUCAGAGAAACUCAGUGCAAGCUUUCUGAAGUAACGUCCUUUAGGCUCAACACGCUGUCAUUAAUUCUGAACGAUUUCUAAGUCAGUAGUUUUCUUUGUUUUGUUUUGUUUUCAUGUCAGGGAAUAAGGCUCUGUUGCUCCGUGGCUCCAGAGUGACCUAGUAGAAAACUGCCAGCUAUCAGAAAGUGCUUUACUUUUGAGGCUCCACAGUGGUCAAGAAACAAACCGUUUAUAAUGAUUAAAAAAAAGAAGAAAAAAAAAAAGAAAUAAGAUCUUUUGGGGGGUCAGGGAGGGGGA